AUGGCUAACUCCAUUGGCCGCAAGCUCAGAAUGGUUUUCAUUAGAAAGAUGUUUCGAAAUUUGUUCAAGAAGAAUAAAAAUUACUCGAAGGAUCUCCCAGAAGAAAUCAUGCAAUUGAUUCUACAGCGGCUGUGCAUAAUAGAUUACCUCAGGUGUCGUGAGGUAUCUCGUUCUUGGCGAGCUGCUGUUGAUAGGGCAAUCGUGGUAAAGCUUUGCCCUCCGGUUCCUCAGCCAUGGCUUUUGCUCAACUCUCUUCGUCCCUUCUACAUUAGAGAUGGCUGCUCUCUAGCUAGUCUCAGUAAACAAGAAACUCAUAAAUCAAAGUCAUCUAGGUUAUAUGACGGGCGCGUUCAUUGUGUUGGGUCAAUUGAUGGGUGGUUGAUCAUGGCAAAGGUACCUGAAGAUAGUCUAAGUAGCGAUUGCAAUUGUGUCAAUUUCUUCUUGAAUCCAUUAUCAGGUGCUAGAGUCAUGCUCCCUUCACAGUCCACAAUUUCACACUACGAGAACAAUCUUCCUAAUUUCUUCAGGAAAGUGGUGGCAUCCUCAAUACCAACAAUGCAGCACUGUAUUGUGGUUAGCCUUUGUUUAGAUAAGAAAUUGUAUUUGUGUAGGCACAUUGACAAGUCUUGGACCCUCAUUGAGACCAGCUAUUGCGAUGAUAUAGAGAUAGUCGAUGACAAAUUAUAUGCUGCAACAAAGACAGGAUCCGAGUUAAUUCUAAUGGUGUUUAGCUUUAGCAUCCAAGAAGUUCAUGAUGGCGGCCCUCUCACCUAUAAAGCUGAAAGGUUUUGUUUUAGGCCAAGUAAUUUGGUGGAUAAUGUUCGGAUAGUGGGAGGAGUUACUUAUUGGACUCUCUACACUGACCUGUACCUAGCAAAAGGUUCUGCUUCAGAGGAAGUGUUUGUGAUUCUUACUGAGGUGGUCAGUGUUUACAAUGCACUCCGACCAAUACCUUACAGUACUGGAACUGAAGGAUUUAGAGUGCUUAAGCUGGAUUGUAAUACUAAUGGUUAUCCGUGGGUAGAGGUUUUCGACCUUGGUGACCAGAUAUUGUUCUUGAGCAGGUGCAGCAGCAAAUUUAUCGCUUCCAGUGGUGGCUUUAGACGUUCUUUACACAAUGAGACACUAGAAAGAGAUAGUAUAUACUUUGCUUUCCGAAAUGAAUUUGGGGUGUUUUCCUUGCCCAAUAGGAACAUCAAAUGUUUGACUUUUCGUAGGAAUCAUUCAGUUGACUUUGUAAGAGAAAGUGUUUGGUUCACACCAAAUCCAUGGUAA